AUGGAAAUCAAGAGUGUAAUGAUCUUAAAGAAUGUCGAGAUCUUGGUUCCGGUUGGAGCAAUCUGCUGGAGUACACGGAAGAAGAAGAUGGUCGAUGCCAACAAGACAAAGUUUUAUUUGAAAGAUGUAAACAAUUUAAGUAUUGUUCUUGCAUCUUCUUCUUCUUCUUAUGAAUCAAUUGAUGAUAUUAUUCAUCAUUAUGAACAACAACAAUCACAAUUGGAAAAAUCAUCUCCACCUACACCAUUACCAAUACAAUCAAAUUUCAAUUUUAAAAAUACCGAAAUAUCAGUGUCCAACUGUCAACCAUUGGAUUAUUCGAUUUUUACAGAUAUAAGGUGUGGUGACUUGGAGGGCAACUGGCAUUUGGGAUGGAAUGCAAUGAUGCCGAGGAAUGAAUCUAACACCGCUUAUAUAUCGAUUGCGCUUAACGAUAUGGAGGUAGCAAGACUCAAAGCUACUGACCCAAACCUCUCAACCACACAAUACCAAUUGCAAUCGUUUGAUUUCACACAAUAUGCAAAUGGUGAACAGUAUAUUCUAACCUUUAGAUUCAUGGAUUUUGCAUUCAAUAUUAUGGGUAUAUUUCUGGUUGACUAUAUUACAAUCGUUUCAUUACCAUCAACAACAAUAAAUAAUGAUUUAUAUAUAUCUUUAAAUGGAAGUGAUAUCACAGGAAAUGGUAGUAUUAGUUCACCAUUUUGUAGUUUACAACAUGCUAUCAAUUCUAUAUCAUCCGGUCACAGUAUCUAUUUGUUGGAUAACAAUGUUAUUACACCUGUAUUAAAUACAACAUAUGCAGUUGAUACUCUUUCAAAGAGAUUAACUAUUCAGUCAUAUGUAAAGAACCCACCGGGUAAAGGUAGUCUAAUUACGGUAGCACCAAACUGUAAGGUGGAAAUGGAUAGCUGUCAAAUCACAGGUGUGAAUAGUAUAGUAUCAAAAUGGCCAGCAGUCAUCACCUUUGCAUCGUCAAGUCUGGUCGUUCAGAAUCUAAGUUUGACAAUCUCCAAAGUUGCCCCAGUUUUUAUGUUUUACGGUCAGAGCGCAUCAUUUUACAAUUCCAACUUCCGCAACAUGCCAUUUGCUUUUAUCUUUGUUUUGGAGGGGAAGAAUCUGGUGUUCACUAUCGACAACUGCGUCUUUGACUCCAACUUCAACAUUGUCAAUGGAACGUAUUUCAACGAGGUAUGGAUCACCAAUUCAUUGGUUAACAAUCUACGUUCGCAACAACCCGAUAUCUAUUCCUAUGGUGAGGCGGUAAUCAUUAGAAAUACAACAUUUCAAAACAGUCAGUUGGCUAUCAAAUUUGAGAAUGUCCAGCUGGUGCUAAUCGAUGGAGUUACUUUCAAUUUCUUGCAAAUGCUGUUCCAAUCCGCUAUAUUACUAGCCAACAAUGGUGCCACCAACAUUCAGAACUCGCAAUUUAUCAACAGUCAAAAUUCAAUUAAGCCUUUCAUUACGGUGUCAAUGCUUGGCCAGCUUACUCUCACCAACAACACUUUCAACUACAAUCAAUGUCAGUUCAUUUCAACACUACAAAGUACGAAUAUCUCAAUCACCAAUCUUGUGAUGCAAGAAAAUCAACUCGGUGUAUCACUAAUCCAGCUGCAGACAGCAUACAUUCGACUAAAUAAUGUCUCAUUCAUUGAGAAUAGUGCAUCGCUUAUAUCGGCAUGGCUAACAAAUAUUGCUUUCGAGAAUUCCAAUAUCCAAGAUAAUCAGAAUUCGGGAAUUUUACCAACAGGACUUAUACAGCUGUAUCAACCAACUUAUGUUUCAUUUUCUUACUUGGAUUUCACAAGCAAUCUAAAUUUUAUAUUGGUUCAAAUUAUCAAUGCAACAGAAUAUGCUGGAGGUCCUAACAAUGUAUUGCUUUCGACUUUAACAUUUAACCAAAACUAUAUUGGUACACUCUUAUACAUCGAGGGCAGCAAUGUCACGACAACAAACCUGCAGUUUUACAAAAACUUCAUGGUGAAUUACUAUCCAAUGUAUAUCGCCAACUCCUUCCUAUCAAUGACCGGUACUCAUUUUACACAGAAUUUUCAAUCACUAUAUAUUGUCUCAUCGAACUUUACGAUUUCUGAAACCGGUUGGGAACAGAUAUCGUUUGGUGACAAUAAGGAAUUCAGUAUGAUCAAUAUUGAAAAUUCCAAUGGUGAAGUCAGCAAUUCAUACUUUUCCGAUUCCAGUCCUAGCGGUUUUCAAAUAACUGAUUCCACAGUGGUUUUCAAUAACGUUGAUUUUAGUUAUCUCUAUGGAUUCCAUUCACCACUUGGCGACUAUUUAAGAUCGGAUGUUGUGUUUGCAAAUUGUUACUUUGAUCAUAUCUCCAGUGGUGAUGUAAUGAUGAUGAUAACGUUAUCGAAUGUUACAUUCUCCAGUGGUUCGAUGUUCAAUCUAAGUAGUCCGAGCAACAGUAUCAUGACAGCAGAAAGUUCGUCUAUCACACUAAAUGCUACAUGGAUUACAAGUACUCGAAGCAAUGGAAAAGGAUUCGAUUUGCACGAUAGUCAUCUCUCUUUGAUCAAUACUCAAUUCAAAGAAAAUCAAUACCUCAUUGAAUCGAUGCUAAGUAUGACGGGUGGUUCAUUCGUUGGCGACAAUAUUCUAUUUUCAGAUAACCAAGGAUCGUUUGAAUUCUAUAAGGCCAAAGUUAGCUUCGCCAACUCUUUGUAUAUACACAAUUUUCAAGAUAAACCCCUCAUCCAGGCGAACAGAUCCAUAGUUGAGUUAGAUUCAACUUCAUUCCUUGACAAUGGUACUCCUAAUACCCAAUCGCUUAUCUCUACAGGUACAACUAAUUUGGUCAUUAAUAAUUGUAUGUUUAACAAUUAUAAUAUUACCUCAAUUUUGCCUUCGGUCAUUUAUUUCUAUAUGGGUACUCUUCAAAUAGUUGGCUCCGAUAUGUCUGAGUUUAGUGUUGCUCAAAGUUUAUUAGUAUUAGAACAAUCGGAUUUCAUCGAUAUUGACCUAUCUCGAUUCACUUACAACAAUGGUAUCUCUGGUUCAUGUAUUUACGCUCGUAAAAGCAAGAUAUCAUUGACCAACUCUGACUUUGAAUCAAACGCUGCCAGUAUUGUGGAGUACAUCAAAGAUGGAGAAGUCGAUAAUUCGAGAAUGGGAGGUGUCAUGUAUUUGGUGGAGAGUCAUCUCUUUUCAAACGCCAACAAGUUCAACAAUAAUUAUGCUGUUCGUGCAGGUGGUGUAAUGAGAUUGCAAAACUCUGUUGCAUUCGUUUGGGGAUCUCAGUUCAAUGGUAAUUUUGUGGGCUAUGGUGCCGGUGCUAUUUGUUUCUCCGAUCAAGCAUCUUGUUAUCUUGGAAACUGUACUGAUAAUUUCAAAUGCAAUGACGGACCUAAUGACUAUGGAAACAGUUUCUCUUCAAACCUAGCUACCAAUGGGUAUGGAAUUUAUUCUGCAACUGGUCCCAAAACACUCAACAUUACAAUGGACGAAACUAUACAUCCAAAUACAUCGUUUACUAUAUUGAUUGCUGAAUAUGAUGCCUAUGGCCAGGUGGUUACAUUGCUACCAGAAAAAAUAUUUAUGUAUCUCACUGUCUAUAUGCCAAGUGGUGAAAUCUGGACAUACAAUUCAUUUCAAAAUAGUUUACAAGGGUUUUUCACGGUGCAAAUGACUCCUAAUGAAGCAGCAAACUCAACAAUUCUAUUUGUUGCAACUUCAACCAACCAACUCAGUGGAACUACCAACAAGACAUUGACUAUAUGCAACCCAGGAAGCUUUCCAAGUGUCAACGAUUACUCUUGUCAGCUGUGUCCAUUAGGCUCCUACGGAUACGAUGGAAAGACAUGUAUUUCCUGUAAAGACUAUCAAUCGAAAUUGAUAUGUCCUGGAGGCAAUGCUUUUUCUGUUUCACGAGGUUGGUGGUUACUUCCAAAUGUAAAUCCACCAUCGUUGUAUGUCUGUGAUCCGAAUAUCUGCUAUCAGAAUCAACAAUGUAGAUUACACCAAAGAGGAACACUUUGCUCAAGCUGUGAAAGUGGAUAUUCAAAAGUAAAGACAUUCUGUGAGGAUUGCAUGAUUGACACAGUAAAUCUGUACAUGCUCUCUGGUCUCAUAGUAUUCCUCGUCCUUUACAUCUUUUGCAACUCGAUCUUCAAGUAUCCAUCGUCAACAGUCAUUAUGAAUUUCCUUGUUGCAAUUCAAAUCAUUGGUAUUAUCUCAUACAAUGUUAGAUACAUUUUCAUCGUUCCCCUCUUUGAUUUCAUGGUAGACUAUUGGCCAACCGCAUGCUUUGUUCAACUCAAUUACCUCUGGAAGUCUUUGAUGUCGCUCGUCAUCAUGUUGAUCAUUGUAGCUAUUUCCUCCAAUAUCAAUAUUGGUAAAGAGUUGGCCACAAAGAUAUUCGCCAAGUACCAAGGAUUCUUUUUGGAGAGGACUCUUAAAAACAACCAGUUUUUGUACUCUGUCUUGAGCAACCUUCUCAUUCUGUAUACACCAUUUGCCUUCCUAUCAAUUGGUCUUGUUUCAUGCCAAAACAUUGGUGGUAACUCCGUUCUAAUCUUGGAUGCUUCUGUCCAUUGUUUUGAUAAACAUCAUCUACCGGCUCUCAUUCUCUCCAUUUUCAUCUUGGUAUUCGUUGUUACUGGUAUUCCCCUUUUCAUCAUAUUCAAACUUUAUAAGCGCGAUAUUAUGUUCAUCAAGGUCUUUUGUUUAAAAUAUCGUACUGCUUAUUUCUGGUGGGACUUGGUUAUCAUCUUCAGAUCACUCUGCUUUGUAUUGGCAACUAUCUUUACAUUCAAUUAUCUGGAUACCAAAGGACUGAUGCUCUCGUCCUUCGCCGUUUUCUUUUCAUGUGUCAAUUGGCUCUGCAGUCCAUACCGAGUAAAGAGUCACAAUGAUUUUGAAACUCAUGUUGGACUGGUACUAUGUUUAAGUUGUCUUAUAUUCAACAGUAGAGUACUCGAUAACUCUUCACAGUUGGCUGGUAUCAUUAUUUCAGUGGUUGCUUCUUUUUGCUUUGUAUCAUUGGUUUACUAUAUUUAUGUCAAUGCAAAGAGAGUCAACAAGAAUCAUGACUAUGAAGAAAUCAAAUAA